CCUAGCAAAGAAGAGCACUCCCUGUGAUUUACAGCUCCAUAACUGGAAGGGUAGAUUAAGCUUGUACCUGUCUCAUGGUCUAUGCUGGCGUCCAGAGCAUCCUUGAUUCUGGAGGAGUGGUGCUGCAGAGGCUUCUGUUACCAGCAUCCACUACUUUUUGAGGGUAUCAAGCACAAGCUGUCUCGGACAAGGUCAGGACCGGUGUACUUCAGAUGCAUGGUACUACGGAGUGGUUGUACUGUAGUCAGCAAGCAAACUUCUCGAAACACCUACAGAGACGUUAACUUACUGCAGUGCGGAUGAUGCCACAGAGUUUCCAAUUCAACAAGAACUUGCAGCAGCGAGACACACAAUUGCUUCCUAAGAGCAUGUCAGACCCCCUCACAUACCUUGGAGGGUCAGCUAUAGCCAAAAUAGAGUCACACGGAUUUCCUUUUCUGUUUGCUUGUCCUUACCAGUUGUCCUUUCCUAGGUGGGAAAGUUGCUGUGUGUGCUCCUUCUGCUUUGUCCUUGUGACAGUGCCAGGCAAUGAAUACACUUCACUGGUGCUUGAUAAGAUGACUUUCUGGUUCCAUUUUUUUUUUUUUUUUUUUUUUUUGAGGAAAAUCUCUACUAUCUAGUAAUGUAGAUGCAAGACCAGUAACCAUUUCUCUGUCUCCACAGUUACUCCCUUUAAACUACUUUGCUUCUAAGUUCCAUCCUUAGUUUGUUCCUGCUGUAUAUCUUUUCAUAGAAUCUUCCUGAAUUUUUGCUUGUUGUUUCUGAUUUUUACAUUCUACUGACUAGGAAGUGCUUGUAUAGCUGUCCGAGCAGUUCUUGAUUCCGACUGACUGAUCUGUCAGUUUCAAGGUCAAGUGAUGAUAUAUACAUGAAUUGGAUUUAUUUUACAUUUUAUGUAUUUUGCAGUGAGUAUAGGAGCAAGAUGGAAUUACUGCAAGAUGGAAUUCAGUCUUAGAAAUAUUUUGGCUUCUGAGUUCACUUUGCUCUUAAAUAACUUCCCUUCCCCCUUAUGUUUAGGAAGUACAGAAGUUGAAUCAGCAACUAGAGGAGAAAAAUGGAGAGAUACAGCAGAUGAUGAAUCAGCCUCCAUAUGAAAAGGAGAGAGAAAUCUUACGACUUCAGAAGAGCUUGGCAGAGAGAGAGAAGGCUCAGGCCACCAGCGAUGUCUUGUGCCGUUCACUCACUGAUGAAACUCAUCAACUUCAACGCAAAUUAGCAUCCACAGCAGAAAUGUGUCAACAUCUGGCAAAGUGUCUAGAAGAGAAGCAAAGAAAAGAGAAGGGGAAUUCAGACGACCAGAUACCUACUGAAAGAUCUAAUCAGGUUUUAGACAAUGAAACUUCACUUCAAGCUCUUAUCUGCAACCUACAAGAUGAAAACAGGAUGUUAAAACAAAAAGUAGCUCACGUGGAAGACUUAAAUGCAAAAUGGCAGAAGUAUGAUGCAAGUAGGGAUGAGUAUGUGAAGCGACUCCACUUGCAGCUAAAAGAGAUGAAGUCUCAACUGGAGCAGCAGCACGGUGUAACUUCAGCACAAACGAAUUCUGACCUGAUGCACAAGGAGAUAUUCCGGUUAAACAAGCUACUGGAAGAAAAAAUGAAUGAAUGCAUAAAAACAAAGAGAGAAUUAGAAGAUGUGAAGAAGGCUAGUGAAGGAGAUAACGAACGCAUACAAAUGCUGGAGCAACAGGUCCUAGUUUAUAAAGAUGAUUUCACAUCUGAGAGAUCAGACAGAGAACGAGCACAGAGUAAAAUACAAGAGCUUCAAGCAGAAGUUGCAUGUCUGCAACACCAGCUAGCAAGAAGACAGGACUCAAGUAGUCACUUCAGAGUCCACAUUGGUAACCAAAACCAUAUGUAUGUACAGACGAACGUUGAACAUCUACGAGGCAAUAGCCCAGGCCAAACAGGCAUGAGAAGAACAUCUUCACAGUCUGAACAAGCCUCUCCUCCCGUGGACAACGGAAACUCGGGAUCUGAGGGCAGGGCACAGGGUGAACUUAGAUGCCCUCAUUGUAUGAGGUUUUUCAGCGAUGAACUCAGUGAUGAAUUCCUCAAGCAUGUUGCUGAAUGCUGUCAGUGACCAUGUGAUGUGAGGUGUGUAAGUCUAUCACUACUUUAUAGACAGUAAAACUUUGCUCUAUACAUAUCUCCUACAGUCCUACCACAGAGUAAUUCAAAUGGACAGCUCUUAGGGAUUAGGAGGAUGAACAGUAUCUACCUCUUACUUGAUUUCACCUUCUCUUGGACUGUAUGAAAGACUUCAAGAUAAAGCAAAGUGUUUUUUAUGAAGAAUUAUUUCUGACAACUACGAGGAAGGCAAACAUAAUGCAAAUUCUACUCCAAACUAAACUGAAGUUUACAGUGGUAGUUAGCUUCAGAGUGCAGCUUGACUCGUAUUCAAGUCUAAUUCUUUACAGCAGUCCAAAGGCUUGUGAAGAAAAUUACUGAACUUGAACUUUUCCUCCUCUUCCAAAAAUGUAGGCUGAAGAACGGGGGAGAGGCACUUUGGCAGAAAAUAGAAAAAAAUCUUAUUGUGCUUUAUCUGGAUUAAAAGUGAAAGUAUUGUCUAUUGAGGCUGAACUUUCAGACAUGUCAUCUGAAAAAUCCUUGUGUUCAACUGCAAUCAGGAGAAGUGAAAAAAACAUAAAAAGGCUGGUUACUGACUAAAACUAGCCUGUCUUUUUGCACAGAAACAGUGUACAGGGAUAUUUAUUUUUUCUGUGCCGUAAGUAACUAUUUCACAUGUUUGUAAAUGUGUAUUUGUGUAAUUAUUGAUUGUAUUCCUAUUUUA